GGAUGCUACAGUCUAUGGUCUUUGGUCAGUGCGGAAUUAACCCAGGUUGUCAUAUGUCAGCUGUAAGAGACCUUUUAUAUUAUCAAAUAAAUGUACAGACUUCAAUAAAACUACUUUAAAAUAGCUCUCGUUUUUUAAACAACAAUACCAGAAAGACAACCGAGCCACCCUGGUUUGCCAACAUGGAAGUACCUGUCCUGCAACUUGGUUAACCCACCAUCAGAUACGUUCAUCAUGACAUAUUUCUGAAGAAAACAGGAAUGGACACAUUCAUCAAAUGAUGGGCAUGAUCUUGCAGACUUGUGUCUUAUUGUUUUGGGUUGACCUUGGGUUGAGCGUGACGCAUCCAGGGAAAGGUGGCGAUGGUUGUGGCUUCAUAAUAACGUCACAGUGGGUGGAUUUAGUGAAGGUGGUUGUGAACUUGACAAAAAGUGGUUUCCACAGAGAUCUGGUAUACAUUGUCCAGUUUGGCGCUCCUUUCCCAGAGGAUCUCCAGGUUCUUCUGCUUCAGAAUAUAACCAGAGGGGUGUACAUGGACUUUUACCAAUUGCAAUCCCUGAGAAAAGAUACAGGCUUACAUGUGCUACUUGACUCAGAGGUGGAUCUGGAGGCACCAGCUUAUGAAUCACCUGGUUUUACUGCCCUUGUGUAUCCUCGUCCAAAUCCUACAAAUUUGGGGCAUCUCACCACAACAGUGCCCAUUCAUGGGCGUUAUCACAGGCCUUCUGAUCCAGGGACACGGGAGAAAGUGGCGAUAAAGCAUCCAAAACUGCUUCUAAAGUCAGACACCUGUGAGCAUGGUAAACCACUCCUUUCCAGUCUCCCUCACAAGAUAGUGUAUGCCCCUUGUUCAGUAGACAACGUGAGCAUUUGCUCAUGGAUUGAGGUUGAAAACUUGCAGGUGCCACAAUCAAUGGCUUUGGACUUACCAGUUGGUGACAAGUCUCUGAUAUUCACUGUUUGUGGUGGGACUCUGUUUAUUACAAUUCUGUGUAACCUUAUUCUCACUGCAACCAUCUGGAAACAUGCCAUAUUUGAGUUUUCCUAAGUACCCUCUUUCUUGUUUCCAAUCAUCUCCAUGAAGAUUGUUUACAAAUUCAUCACCUUGCUAACAUUAAUGUUUUCUGUCAUGUUAUUUUGGAAUGGAUACUGAAUGACGAAACAUUGUUUAAAUAAAGACAUCAAUGUAG